AUGUCGAGCCCCGAGUCGUGGACCAAACCAGGAACCCGAAUCACUGUCUGCGGACACAUCGGUCGAAAGAGAAAGGUCGGCAAGAAGCUCAUCUUCGCCCACUUGGAGCGCAAUGGAGAGCAAAUUGGACAGAUCUGCGCAAAGGACGAGGCUUCCGCUAUGCUGAACGACAUUCGUCAAUUCAGCGCGGUCCUCGUUUCGGGUGUUGUGACAGAUGCCUCCAGCGCAAAACGAUUCGAGAUUGAUAUGGAAUCAAUACAAUACCUCAACCCGUUCCCCAAAGACAUCAUUAUCGGCCCGGAUACGGUCUUCCCCGCGGAGCAGCGUCAUUUGCAACUCCGUUUUCACAAUGAGCUCAGAGAGAGACUGCGUUUCCGUGCGCAGCUCAAGUCGUCACUUGGGCACGCCAUGGUGGACCGCGACUUCAUGGACGUCGAGACUCCGAUCCUGUUCAAGUCCACAUCCGAAGGAGCGAGGGAGUUUAUCGUGCCCACGCGCCGUAGAAAGUAUGCUUACGCUCUCCCUCAAAGCCCACAGCAAUACAAACAGGUCUUGAUGGCAUCUGGCAUGUCGGGUUACUACCAGUUUGCGCGAUGCUUCCGCGACGAGGAUCACCGCGCGGACCGCCAGCCCGAGUUUACCCAGCUCGACAUGGAAAAGUCGUUCGCGACGGGCGAGACUAUCAUGAAAGACGUCGAAUACAUUGUCGGACAGGCAUGGCAGGCUAUGCGAGAGCAAUACGUAAUGGAGGUCGGAGAAGAUUCGUUCGCACCAAUUAGGAAAGCCUCGCUCGAGAACUGGGAGCAAAGCGUCCAAGACAGCGCCAAAGACGGUGCCACAGCACCAAUUUACCAAGAAUACCCCGCCAUCUCAACACCAUUCCUGAGGAUGAAGUACACAGACUGCAUGGAUCAAUAUGGAUCCGACAAGCCAGACCUACGAAUUCCCAAUAGGAUCUGCCGCGUCGAUGAGCACCUCGACAAGCACUUCGUCAGCAUGAUCACCUACCUCGAAUCUCCCAUCGUCGAGGCCUGGAAAUUCAGCCCGCAUAGCGACAUAGGAAAGGCCGAGGUCUCGGAGUUCGUGACCAAGUUCAUGCAAUCCAUCCCUCAAAGACUCUCCAAGAACCCCGAUGGCGCCCCGACCGCCCUCAUCUUCGACAGCAGCAAGCCCCAAAACGGCUUCUCAUCCCUCGGCCCCGGAGGCCUCGACAGCAUCCUCCCCUUCCUCCCCGAAGACGCGGGCUUCUCAGACCUGCAGAACGGCGACGUCGUCUUCUUCCAAGCGCGCAAGGACCAGCCUCAGCAGGGCGGCUCGACGAAGCUCGGCGAAGCCAGAAUCGCCUUCUACCACGCGGCCGUCGAGGCCGGCCUCAUCGACAGAGACGACUCGUUCAAGUUCCUCUGGGUCACCGACUUCCCCAUGUUCACCCCCGAGGAGGAGGGCGACGUCGGCCAGGGCGGCGAGUCGGGCUUCUCGGCGACCCACCACCCCUUCACGGCGCCGCACUCCGAGGAGGACUUUGAGCUCCUGUUCACGGACCCGCUCAAGGCCAAGGCGGACCACUACGACCUCGUGCUCAACGGCGUGGAGCUCGGCGGCGGCAGCCGGCGUAUCCACAUCGCGGCGGUCCAGGACUUCAUCUUUCGGCAGAUCCUCAAGAUGAGCGAGGACAAGGUCAAGGAGUUCUCGCACCUGCUCAAGGCGCUCCACGCCGGGUGCCCGCCGCACGCCGGCUUCGCCAUCGGGUUUGAUCGCUUUGUGGCCGUGCUGAGCGGCGCGUCUUCUGUUCGGGACGUCAUCGCGUUCCCCAAGAACAACAACGGCGUUGACGAGUUCGCCGGAGGCCCCAGUAAGAUUACGGCCGACCAGUUGAAGAACUAUCAUCUGCUUUUCCGCCAAGCAUCUAAAGAGACAUGA